AUGGCUUUUGUCCCUCGUCUGGGAGACUUCAUCCUCCGGUUUUUGGAAAGGAUGCGGCCGUCGCAGGUGCCAGCUUCCUGCAGCCAGUCCACGGAUAUGUACACGCCCGGCCUGGGCCGGGAUCGCCGCUUCGUCCUAGAGCUGCCAGAUUCAGAGCUGGCUCAUUUCGCCCUCUGCGGUGACAAAACGGACCGUGGCGCUUCAGCCCCCAGCGAUCCCCGGCUAGAGACGUUCCUCCUCUCACCCGGGCGCAGCUACUCUGUGUUCAUACCUGUGGCCCCAGGCUCAGGUUACGGGGCCCGGAUUCGCGCUGCGCGCCAGCACCAGCACCUGAUAAAACAACUUAGUCAGGUUCCUUUCCAGCAGUGCCAGCUGCGGCGCUUGCUCUCCUACUCUCCGGGCAGCCCGCCGGGGAGCACGGAGAAGGGUUUCGUCCUAUGGGAUCCCAAAGACUGCUUGGAGACCGAGCGCGCCUUGCAGGGUCUGCUGGUUGCCUGUGAGGCUCCGCGCCCACAUCUGGGCGUGUUCGAGGCUGACCACAGUGGCCAGCUGUGGCAGAGGCAGUGGGAGCUUCUAGGAGGAGUAGGAGAUGAAGGGCUGAAGCCAGUGGGUAAAGCGCGAGUGGUGCCCACUAAGGAGCCCCAGCUUCACCCUGUUGUCCCAGACCUACCCCUCUCUGUGGUGUUUCCCAGUCUGGAAGAAGCCCGAAAGGUUUUUAAGGAGUGUACAUCUUUAAUUCCUGAAGCACAAGAAGUCCUUAAUUUGGUGGAUAAAUGCCCCAAGAAUGUCCAGAAGGGAAAAUUCCCUGUCAUUGCUAUUGAGGGCUUGGAUGCUACUGGCAAAACUACAGUGACCCACUCCAUUGCAAAAACACUGAAUGCCGUCUUCUUAAAGUCACCACCACUCUGUAUCAUCCAGUGGAGAAAAAUAUUUGAUAAUGAGCCAGCAAUCAUCAGGCGGGCAUAUUACUCUCUGGGAAACUAUAUCAUUGCUUCUGAAAUAGCUAAAGCAUCUACCCAGUCUCCUGUGAUUGUAGACAGGUACUGGCACAGCACAGCUGCCUAUGCAAUUGCCACUGAAAUAAGUGGCCGUUCCCACUACCUACCUCCAGUUCACCACCCCAUAUAUCAGUGGCCCAAGGACUUGCUCAAACCCGAUAUCAUACUGCUGUUAACUAUCACUCCCAAGGAGAGGGAACAUCGGAUGCAAGGACGUGGGCUGGAAAAAACUAAAGAAGAAAAGGAGCUGGAAGUCAAUAAUUUAUUUCGUGAAAAAGUGGAAAUGUCCUAUAAGAGGAUGGAGAACCCUGGAUGUCACUUGGUGGAUGCUGGCCCAGAAAGGGAAAAAGUCAUCCAGAAUGUUUUAGCUGUAAUUAAAAAGUAUUGUACCUCACUGUAGUCACUCCUGGGAGGUGGCAGAUGUUUUACCUACUUCUA